GGUCCGGGUGUUCCGGCCGCCCGGUCCUCUCCACUGAACUCCAACCCCCGCGCUCUCUAUCAGCAUCUCAUUCCUGUCUCAAUAUGUCUCAAGAUGGCGGCCAAUGCAGGAUCGAUGUUUCAAUAUUGGAAGCGCUUUGACUUACAACAACUACAGAAAGAACUAGACGCUACCGCCACACAGCUUGCCAACAGACAGGACGAAAGUGAACAGUCCAGGAAGAAACUCAUCGACCUAAGCCGCGAGUUCAAGAAAAACACACCAGAGGAUUUCCGGAAACAGGUUGCCCCUUUGCUCAAGAGCUUCCAAGGAGAGAUCGAUGCCUUGAGUAAAAGAAGUAAAGAAGCAGAGGCCGCCUUCUUAAACGUGUACAAGAAAAUAAUCGAUGUCCCAGAUCCCGUACCUGUGUUGGAGCUGGCUCAGCAGCUGCAGCUGAAGCUCCAGAGGAUGCACGACAUUGAGACAGAGAACACCAAACUUCGAGAGACACUGGAGGACUACAACAAAGAGUUUGCAGAGGUCAAAAACCAAGAGGUGACCAUUAAGGCCUUGAAGGAGAAGAUCCGUGAGUACGAGCAGUCUCUGAAGAAUCAAGCCGAGAACCUGGCCCAAGAGAAGCAGCUCCAGCUACACAAUGACUAUGCAGAGAAGGAGAGGAAACUCCAGGAGAGCCAGGACUCCAUGUCCUCAAGGUUGGAAGAGGCCGAGCACAAGGCCCAGUCCCUACAGACAGCACUUGAAACAACUCAGGCCGAGCUCUUUGAUUUGAAGACCAAGUAUGACGAGGAAUCCACAGCAAAGGCCGAUGAGAUUGAGAUGGUGAUGACAGACCUGGAAAGAGCCAAUCAGCGAGCAGAAGCAGCUCAGCGAGAGACGGAGUCGCUCAGAGAGCAGCUGUCCUUGAGUAACCAAUCCCAGCAGCUCGGCAGCCCAGCCAAGGCCGACCCCGACACGGAUCUGCCGACGGAGGUGGCAUCCCACUUAAGUGUGGAGGCGGAGCUCAGGGCCAAAGAAAGGGAGACCGCCCAGCUGGUGGAGGACGUCCAGAGACUGCAGGCCAGCCUGACCAAACUCCGAGAGACCACCAGCUCCAAGAUCACACAGCUGGAGGAGCAGCUCAGCAGCAAGACUGCCACUCUCAAGGAACUGGAGGAGAAACUGCAAAAGCAAGCUGACUAUGAGGAGGUGAAGAAGGAGUUGAGUAUCCUCAAGUCUAUGGAGUUUGGAACAUCUGACUCUGUGCAGGACUCAUCCAAACCUCUGGAGGUGCUGUUGCUGGAGAGGAACCGCAGUCUUCAAUCUGAGAGCGCCGCUCUGCGCAUUGCCAACACCGAGCUCAGCGGCCGUUAUGCAGAGCUGCAGGUGGAGUUUUCGGGUGCCGUGCGCACCAGUGCGGAGCAGAAGGAACUUAUACUGAAGCUGGAGCACGACCUGAGCACCAUCGAGGCCAUGUCCUCCCUGCCACGUCCCGACGCAGACGGGUCAGAGGUCGGCAACAUGGAGAACAUCCCGGAACCUGUCAAAGAGGCCUCCGCAAUGUUUACUGGUUCAGGCGUAGGCCCCCACUCUGAGCUUCCUCAGGGCCAGAUGGACUCUCUGCUCUCCAUCAUCUCCAGCCAACGGGAGAGGUUUCGCUCCCGCAAUCAGGAGCUGGAAGCUGAGAAUCGCUCCGUGCAGCAGACCAUGCAGGCGCUGCAGAAUGAACUGGAUAGCCUGAGAGCAGAUAACAUCAAACUCUACGAGAAAAUCAAAUUCCUGCAGAGCUACCCUGGCAGAGCUGGAGGUAGUGACGACACCGUGAUGCGCUACUCCUCCCAGUACGAGGACAAACUGGAUCCGUUUGCUUCCUUCAGCAGGAAGGAGCGUCAGCGCAGAUACCUGAGCCUCAGCCCCUGGGAUAAAGCAACUCUGAGCCUCGGUCGCGUGAUUCUCUCCAACAAGAUAGCCAGGACUGUUGCUUUCUUCUACACCUUGUUCCUGCAUUGUUUGGUCUUCCUGGUGCUGUACAAGACCGCCUGGAGCGAGAGUAUCGGCCGAGACUGCUCCGCUUUCUGCGCUAAGAAGUACUCUGACCACCUCCACCAAUUCCAUGAGAAUGACCAAAACCUUUAAGCUGGUUCAACAUUCAGCAGCAUGCAUGUCCUGCUUUAAAAGUUUAUCUCAUGCUCAUCAUGAAGACGGAGCUUCACUUUUUUCCCUGCAAUAGCUUGACAUAUCCACUAGGGGGCAGUAUCGGGCUGUAAACUGUAAAUCAAGCGGUUUAUUCAUUGAUUCAAAAACAGGUUCUUCUUUUUUCUAUUCUAGAUAUAAUAAUAUUAAUAAUGUAUAACUCUAGGAAAAAUAUAACCUAAUGUUUCUUUCUUAUAGUCUUAACAUAAUACUGAAAGCCAAUCAUUAUGAUGAUGUAAUGUGUGUUGUUGUAGCACAAAGGUAAUGAAGUGUUUGUCUUCCUGUACCAAAGGGAUCACAGUACCAGGAACAUGUUGUGUUUUGUUUUGUUUUUUUGGGGUUCAGCUGGAAUUUAGAAUAAUUAGUGAAUUUAUUAAUAAAGAUGAAGUUGAUAUAACAUCAUAGGUAAUAUGGUUAACAUUAUAAUUUAUGUUUGAUUGGAGACUGUAAUGUAAAAGGUGGGUUAUUGAGGGCAUUUCAAGAGCUUAUGGUGGUUGAACAAUAUAUACAGUAGUUAUAAGUUCACUGGUCAUUCCUCUGACAUUUGCUCUACUUACAUUGACUAUGAUUGAUAUGAUUGAUUAUUUGGUAAGUACAGUUUUUAAUGAUUUGUGUAUUUGGUUACUGAGUAUAUCUUCUUAAUAUUCUUCUCUACGACAGAUCACUGUGCAUGCUUACUUCUUUCUUUUCUGACAUCGCAGAUAUAUUCCAAAUAAACACUAUGCAGUACA